UCUGUGUUCUAUUCUGUAUUGUAUUCCAAUACUUGACCAAUCAGAAUAAAGAAUUCUAUCGAUGAACCAAUCAAAGAAUGCCUCAAAGCACUUGUAGCACAAAGUGGGUCUCAGUAUUUUUAUUUGACUACAGAGAUAUAAACAUCCUUCUGAAUUCAAUGUUCUUUAUAAUCGGCAACAGUUCAACAUCAGAAAACGAUGCAUAUUUAGCUUUCAGUGUAAGAUAGUGAGAAGAGACUACGCAAGAGAGCCAGGAUGGAGAUGCCAGUCAAGGACGUGAAGGAGUUGGUAGAUCUAUAUCAGACGUUAGCUGCAUAUCCAACCUUAAAUAGUGCAUAUAUUCUGAAUUCUAAGAGUGACACAUUAUCUGUACAAUGCACAUGGACGCAGAGGAAUUUGGAUACAAAGAUGGAUCAACGCUUUACACAAAUUUAUGAUAUACAUUCAAAUUGGACUUCAUCUAUUGUUGGAUUUCCGAUUGAUACUACUACAGAACAGAUGUUUGCCUUCACAGAGGAUGAAGAGCUUAAAGCAGUGUUGCGACAAGUUACAAUUGAUAAAACUACAAAACAAUUUAUAGAAAUCUGGGAUAAACAUCAUCUAGUGAAAAAUUAUGAUUUAUCUGCUAUGGAUGUCCAUGGCGAAGUUUAUACAGAUGUUGAAUUUCGUUCGUUUGAAUGGUGUCCGAAUAAGAGGAAGAUUUUGUACAUAGCAGAGAAGAAGCUUCCUAAAUCAAAACCUUUCUAUAAACAAGAACCGUUGAAUGAAAAGAAAGAAGAUAACGAAGUGAUAGUGGGUAAUGAAUAUAUUUAUAAACCACACUGGGGAGAGCAAUUGGUAGGGAAACAUCGUCCUGUUAUUGCGGUUCUCGAUACAAUGAUAAACAACAUCACUAUUUUAUCUGAAAUACCAGACAAUGUUUCGCCUGGUCAAGUGUCUUGGAUAAAUUUAAACAAAAAUAUUGGUAUUAUUGGUGUUGCUUGGAAACAUGAGCCUGUAUAUUUAGGUCUUACUGCUUGCACUAGUAGAUGCUCCUGGAUAUUUUCAUUGAUAGAUGGAAAAUAUGAGAAAUUGUCUGAUGAUGGAUAUGCUGUGCAUAGUCCUAGAGUCAGUCCUAACAAACAUUUUGUCGUAUGGGUGCAGAGAAAAGCCGGUGCCGUCCCGCAUCAUAACGCGCAAGAAAUUAUGUAUCACGAUUUAAUAACAGGCAAAAAUGAGAAGCUCUUAGAAGAAACAAAAGCAAUGACACUAAUUGCUAAGAACCAUAAAUUUUAUGGAAUGUAUAAUCGCUUACCUCGUCGUUGUUGGAGCGAAGAUGCUGCAUAUAUUUUCUUCAGUACAUCUCGAAAGUAUACUAUUCGGUCAUAUUUCUUGAAUAUAAAAUCAAAAAUACUUACUCAUAUAGAGGAUGGGAAAAAUGAAUACAAUUUUUCUAUAUUGGAUGUAAAUAAUUUGAUUACAUUUAUGAGAUCUUCUGCAAAGCGACCUGGUAUACCUAUGCUAGGUCGUUUUGAAUAUGACGAUUUAAAAUAUGGCCUGAUUUUUUUAAUUGGACUUUUACCUACAACAAUAAUUCCAAAACUAGAAAAUAUGUUACACAAAAAUUUUGAAUAUUCUUAUGAUGACGAAAAGGACAUAGAGGAAUUCAAUUAUACAUAUUUUGGUCCUGUAUCUGAAAAAUCCAAAGUAAUACCUUUAAUAGUUAUGCCCCACGGAGGGCCACAUAGCAGUUCUACAAAUGUAUUUUCUUUGGAGGCUGCUUUUAUGGCGUGCGCAGGUUUUGGAAUAUUGCAAGUAAAUUAUCGUGGUUCUACGGGAAUGGGCAGCGCAACGGUGGAAUAUCUUCAAGGAAAAGUGGGUGACGUAGAUGUGAAAGACUGCAUAACUGCCACGAAACAAAUAUUGAAGGAUUGUGUGUGGCUCGAUCCUGAACGUAUAGGUCUUUGCGGUGGUUCUCACGGUGGAUUUUUAGUAGCACACUUAAGUGGACAAGCUCCAAAUUUGUACAAAGCAGUAGUUGCAAGAAACCCAGUAAUUGAUAUCGCUACCAUGUUUGGCACUUCGGAUAUUCCAGAUUGUCGCAAUGUUCUGACUAAGGAAGAGAAAAUAACAUAUCUUCGUAAUGUGUGCAUCACGGAAGCAGGUUAUACUUAUGAUUUCAGUACCGGUCCUUGGCCCGAAGACGUCAACCUGUUUAUGAAAAUGAGAGAGGUUUCACCUAUUAUUCAUGUCGAUACAGUUAAGGCACCAACUUUGAUCUGCAUUGGAACGAAAGAUCUGCGAGUACCUUGUUCUCAAGGAACAAUGUGGUAUAAGCGACUUAAAACAAAUAAUGUGAAAACUAAAUUACUUGUGUACGAUGAUAAUCAUCAGUUAUCAACUGGAGCAGUUGAGAUUGAUCAUAUACUUAACAACUAUCUGUGGUUAUUGGAGCAUAUAUAUCCAGAAAAAAUCGAAAAUGAAAACUAAAUCGUAACAUUUAAUUACAUGCGUUUAUAUACAUAAUUUUUAUUAUCACAAUUGAAUAUUUACAUGAUAUUACAUACAUUUUGUAAAAAGACUUACUUAUAUAACAUUCAAUCUUCAAAAAUAUACGCAUACAUUUAUUUGUAUAUAUUUUAUAAAAUUUUUAUACCUUAUAUACGUACAAAACAAUUUAUACGCGACAAUAUAUACGUAUAUAUUGUUGCACAUGCUCACAAAUAAGGCAUUUAUCAAAUACUUGUUACAAUAUAGCAAGUUCACGUAUCGCUCGUAUUACGAAUGUCUAUGAACACAAUAGCUCCUGACAAAUAAUUAUUAUUACGAGAUAAUUACUAUUGCAUCAAGUAUUAUAAGGCGAUAAUAUAAGUUUAAAUGUGUGAAGAAGAUUAAUAUGGAUGAUAGCUUUAGAUUUAAUUAACGUAUUUAAAAAAUACUGCACUAUUUUGUUGCUAUACAAAAAAAUCGUAAUUAUUUUAACAAAUAGAAACUAUUUAGAAAAUUAUUUCUUUGUUGCGCAAAAUUCACACUGUAUAAAUUGUCAAUAUUUAUUAAAAAAUAAUACAAAA